AUGUCUUCCUCAACCGAUAACACCACCGCCUCAACACCCCCCGCCCUCUCUGACCCCGACGUCCCAACCCCUUUCGCUCAACCCGGCGAAAAGAAACAAAUCAACCUCCUCCGCGGCUGGCCCUCCCCACACCUCCUCCCUCCAUCUAACCUCCUCUCCGCAUCUAAAACCCUCCUAACCUCCCCUCUACCCUCCGACCAACCCGAUCCCACCAACGCCAACCCCAUCAACAGCACCGGGGAAGAAAAAUUCAACUUCAACGUCCCAGCCCUCCAAUACGGUCCAGACCCAGGCUACCAACCCCUGCGCCACUCUCUCGCGUCCUGGCUGACAACCAACUACCAAACAAAGGAAACUUACCCGCCGCAUGGCUUUCCGACCCUAACCACGGCAGACCAGAUUUGUGUAACUGGUGGCGCGAGCCAGAAUCUGGCGAAUAUCUUGCUGGGGUUCACGGAUCCGGCUUACACGAGGGCGGUGUGGGCGUCCGUGUUAUUUUUGGCGGUGCCGAUUUUUGAGGAUGCGGGGUUUAGUGUGGCGAAUGGGAGGUUGAGGGAUGUGCCGGAGGAGAAGGGACAAGAUGGGGAGGUGGGAGAAGGGGUGGAUUUGGAGGCGUUAGAGAAGGGGUUGAGGGAGGUGGAUGAGAGUAAAGAGUGGCCGAAUAAGCCGGUCUACAAAACUCCCGGCCCCCACCGCAAAUGCUACAAGCACAUCAUCUACCUAGUCGCCACCUCGGCCAACCCCUCCGGCAUCACCAUGUCCCUCGCCCGUCGCCACGCCCUCGUCCAACUAGCCCGUAAAUACGACGCCCUCAUAAUCUCCGACGACGUCUACGACUUUUUGCAAUGGCCUGUCCUCUCCUCGCCUUCUCAGGCCUCUAAGACACUUCCGUUAACAACCCCCCUCCCCCGUCUCUCCGACAUCGACAUCUCCCUCGGCCCUUCCGCCCACGACCUCGCCUUAUCAGCGCACUACACCCGCACCCGCUCUCCUCAGGGUCGUCCCAACGGCACCAACGGCCAGCAUAACAACGACAUGGCAGAUGACCAACAAGACAUGCAAUCCCUCCACCCUGACCACACGAUCCAAGACCUGCACUUCGGGCACGCCGUUUCCAACGGCUCCUUCUCCAAGCUUUUAUCCCCCGGCUUGCGAACAGGAUGGACACAUUCCACUCCCGCUUUUGCCUAUGGUCUCGCCCAGACAGGCUCUACCCGCUCAGGCGGCGCCCCCUCGCAAUACUGCGCAGCUUUAAUCCACGAAAUCCUCAGCUCCGGUGCUCUAGAAAAGCAUCUCACGGAAAUCGUCCGCCCUGGCCUGCAAAAGCGUCACGCCCUCAUGCUCAGCACCAUCAAGCGCGAACUCGGUCCUUUAGGCAUCAAGGUACUAGAAGAUAACCGCACGGGCGCGGAGCGUAAGGAUGACCAGCCGGCUUUAUCCGGCGGCUACUUUUUGUGGUUGGAACUUCCCGAGUCGGUACCCUUUACUGCUAAAGAGGUAGCGGAACGAGCGCUGGAGGAGGAGAAGCUUGUUGUUAGUCCCGGGGAAAAUGCGGAGGUUAGUGGGGAUGGAGAGACGGCGAAGAUUCGGUUCCCGAAGCACUUGAGGGCGUGUUUUAGUUGGGAGGAGGAGGAGGAUUUGGUGGAGGGGGUGGAGAGGUUGGGGAGGGUGGUGAGGGGGAUGGUUGAGGAGGCGAAGGAGGAAGGGGGGGUGAAGAAGGUUGGUGGGGGGUUGAAGGCUUUUAAGUAG